AUGGGCUCUAGGCACAGGUCAGUCCCUGCCGUCCAGCUGGGCCGGACCGCUCCCAGCAGCGCGGCCGGAAUUCCAGUCCUCGCGCGCCCAGGGCGCCGCGGUCCUCGCGUACAGGCCCGCUUCUUCCCCCCCGCGUCCUGGUCUACUUGGAACAGACCGCCUCGCAACGGUCCCAUUCGGGGAGCUGCCGGCGCGCGGUUGGGCGAGGGCUCUGGGAUCUGUAGUCGGGAAGAAAUAGUGAUCCCUUGUGCUUCUGACACUGAUUCAGGAAGUGUGGAUUUGCAGAUGAACAACUUAGAGGAUAUUAAAAAAGGCUCAAGUAGCCUUGAACUUACAGACUCGGACAUCUUAGACAUCCCUGGACUCCCUCAGGAAUCCCUCACAGACACCUUCCAAUGCGUGACCCACCAGGGCCCCCUUGGCCAGGCCAUUGUUGAGAGUCUGAUCCAGUCCAUCCAGGAGUUUUUAAAUGGUGAACUAAAGAUACUGGUGGAGGAGGAGCCGCUGCAUUCUCUCUUCAGCCCUGUGCGCCAAGAGGUCUUCGUCACUGUCGCUGACUUCAGCUACCAAGAUGUCCAUUUGCUGCUUGGCUCUGAUGAUCGAGCUGACCUGUUCAGUCUUAUCACCAGAAGUAUAAUCACUCUACCCUCUGUAACGACUCUUACCCAGAUGCAGGAAGUGAUGCCUUUUGGAUCCUACAACUCAGAGUACAUGGAGCCCUGGUUACAGUCACUCAAAGACCACGAGCGGGAACGGGCCGCAGCCAGCAUGGCUCAAGUUCUGAAGUGCUUAUCAAGAAAUCUCAGCCUGAAGCUUCCACUGCAAUUCGAAAGACUUGGACAUCUAGUGGCUCUGAUGGCACUACUGUGUGGGGACCCGCUGGAGGAGGUGGCCGAGGAGGCUGCAGAGGGCACACACUACCUACUGCAUAUUACCCUAAGGAUGAAAUAUAUCACUCACGACAAGAAAAAUCGAAGCUUGAAAGAAGCAAUGAAAAAAUGUCGAGAACUCCUAGAACUCUACAGUAUUCAACAGUUCUACAGUUGUCCCUUCAAAAUUGCACAGGUCUUCGAAGUUUUCCUCAAUUCAAAUGAGCUCUGCCAGUUUGUAAUGACUACACUAGAUGGCCUGAAAAACCUGAAACAUCCCUGCACCCAGCAGUCAGCGGGAGAGUUGCUGAUAACGUUGGUGAAGAGUGCAGAGUCCCGGUUUGAGAAGGUGCCAGAAAUUAUGGGGGUUAUCUGUGCCCAGCUAUCCGUAAUCAGCCAGCCUAGAGUCCGCCGACAAAUCGUAAAUACUGUGAGUUUGUUUAUUUCCAGGCCCAAGUACACAGACACAGUGAUCAGCCACCUUCUGUGUCAUCCAGUUCCAUAUGACAGGCAUCUGGCCGAGUUGUGGAGAACUCUGGAGGUGGAGCUGCCCAGCACAACCUGGAUCCUGUGGAGGCUCCUAAGGAAGCUGCAGAAAUGCCAUAACGUGCCCACCCAGGAGAAGAUGGCCUACGUGGCUGUUGCUGCGACAGAUGCCCUUUAUGAGGUGUUUGUGGGAAACAGGCUUCGAGAAGCUACAUUCCGACUCUUUCCGCAGCUUCUCAUGACACUGCUCAUCCAGAUUCACCACAGCAUCGGCCUCACCAUGUCUGAUGUCGCCAUCCCAAGUGGCCUGUACACAGACCAGGAAAUGUCUUCAGAGGUCACCCCUUUGUGGUACUGCCCAUUGUGA